CGUCUCUGAUAAGUCCAUCCUCCACCACAGAUCCAAGUAAACUGCUGUCAUAGCCAUCCAUAAACCAACUGAACAGACAUGGCCUCAGCUAAAAAAUCCAAGAAUCAGCUCAGACGUGAAAGAGCAAAGCAGAAGAAGACAGAAGCGCCAAAGCAAGCCACACCAGAGCCACAACCUGAUACGGCAGCUGGAGAAGCUGACGCAGCGGACUUUCUUGAAUCCUCGCUUAAGCACGAAAUUGACAGCUAUAUUAAAACCCACCCCAAUGUGGAGUACAUAGAGGACGCGCGUGUCAGGAAGGUCUUGGAUAACGACCCUAAUUUCCAGGAAUUUAAACUGAUUUUCGAAAAAUUUCGUUCUCCCCUAGAAGAACCGGAGGUUGAAGAAGAAGUACGGUCAGCAGUUAACGGGGUUUCGGAAAUCAUCUACUCUUCGGACGAAGAAGCAGAGGUCACAAAGACGGAGACGUCGAAGCGCCAGAAGCGCCUCCGAAACAAGAUGUCGCUUGCUGAAUUGAAGGCCCACGCAAAAUACCCCAACCAGGUGGAGUGGUAUGAUGUGGAUGCCCCAGAUCCAGAGCUCCUCGUGAGCUUGAAGACACAAAAGAACGUGGUUCCGGUGCCACUGCACUGGCAGCUCAGAAAGGACUAUCUCUCAUCCAAGAAGGGAGUCGAAAAGCCGCCCUUUAGGCUCCCGUCUUUUAUCCUCGAUACCGGAAUCGCAGAUAUGCGCAACACGGGAGCGGAGGAUACGGCCGCAACAUUGAAGCAGAAGACAAGGGAACGGGUCCAGCCCAAGAUGGGUAAACUAGACAUCGACUACAACAAGCUAUACAAUGCGUUCUUCAAGUUCCAGCAGAAACCGCCGUUGUCUCUGUUUGGGGAAGUGUUUUUCGAAGGGAAGAACCAUGAGACGAGCGACUUGGCGCAGUACAGACCAGGUCAUUAUUCCUCCGAGUUGCGAGCGGCCUUGGGAAUGUCAUCACAGCUGAAUGCCUUACCCCCAUGGAUCAUGACCAUGGUGGCCAUGGGUACUCCUCCGGCUUAUCCCUAUAUGCGGCUCCCAGUUGUCCAGCCGAACGGGGACCUUGUGUAUGCGGAAGAGCCUGGGAUCAAGACCAUGAUGAACGAUGUGACUAAUGUUGAAAAACAGCCGUGGGGUGUUGUCCAGGUGGAUAUCGAACCGGAAGUCGUGCCUGAAAUCGUAAGCGAAGAGUUGAAGGCUGAAGAAGAGGCCAGCCCUGUCAGGGUGGAUACUGGUAUCCCCAUCACCGAGUUUGGCGGUCUCGCGAAGAAGCGGUCAGUGGAGGAGGCCUUUGACGAGGAGACAGCCAACGAGCCUCCGAGAAAAUUGUACCAGGUAUUGGAGCAGCAGAACACAGCUACUAAGAACGGGCUAUCCGAUGCCCGUUAUGUCUUACCAGGGUCGGAGGAGAAACCAAAAAAGAGUGUGAAAUCUGCCCCAAUGCCAGAAGUGAAGAAGGAUAAGUUCAGGUUUUAGAUCAGCUUUAAUGAUUGAGGGCGGAGAGAAGAAGCUGUAGGGUUGAGGCAUAGGACAGUACUGAAGUUUAUAAGCUGUAGCACGGGGGAUUACCAAUAUUUUGGUAGUGGUUACAGAGGUAUGUUCUCGUGCGGGUAGGGUAAUUGUCUAAGGGACUGGGAGGAGUAUAGAAAAGUAUUCAAUUUCAGCUUUGGAAUGUUUUGUGUAUAGCGGGAUUUUUUACCUAAUUCUUUUUUUACUGUAUUCGACAAUUAUACGUUACAUGGAG